AUGCAUAUUACAGCUUUCCAUUGUGAAAAGGGUUGUUUCAUCAAUAAUAAUUAUUCGUCUGAACUUUUAUUCGAGAUAUUCUGCAUUAAUAUGAACUGCGAUGUUUGGUAUAUAAAUUUAUCGGGAAAUGCGAAGAGCAUUGUUAUACAAAGUGAAAACAAAUCAUGCUUAGAAAAAGUCAGUCUCAAAUUACAAACAAAAGCUUUUAUAAAACAUCAAGGUUUGAUAUCAUAG